AUGGUCUCGCGGCCGCAGGAAGACGUAGCAAACACGUCCAUAAGACCUACCCUGGCGUCCAGAAGACGGAGCCAGACCGAAAGCUCCGCGGUCAAGGGAGUGGGCAAGCAAGCUGCUGUAGACUGGGUUGGUGUCAAUGAGGACUCUCCUGGUCGACGCAGGAGACAGCCAAAGCGGAACAUAGAUCGAUCAAGUGCGGUGUCAAGCAGUCGUGGUAUGAGAAAUACCGAGAGCGUGGUUGGCGGCUUUCUACCAAAGCUAAGCCGGAUACUGGAGUUGAGUGAAUCCAAGGCCACCUCACGACAAAGUCGAAGCGGAUCGGACGCUCGAAAGCACCGUGACCAGAGUAUUGCUCGUAGGCAUCGAUACCGAGAGGACGUCUUAGUAGAAUAUCGCCGACCAGUGAGACAUAAAUCAGGCGGUGUGCACAGACGCUCCGAGAGUGGAUUCAAAGUCAACCCAUCACUAUUAUCAGUACUUUCCAGCUUGACUAGGACUUCGGGUAGAUCAAGUGAUAGCAGUACUACGAUCACACAGCAGUCUUACGAUCGCCGUGGUGAAGAGCCUCGCGGAGAAAGCAGAGCUCUGAACAUCCCGGAGACCGAACGGAACGGCAAAAGGCCAAGCUCGCCCAACGUCUUCGACUUCAUGGACGCCACUUCAGUGGACGAAGGCCAUGGCGGUCGAUCAACUUAUUCAUCGUCGUCGUCGUCGUCGUCGUCGCAAUACGAACCUUCAGAGGCUGGAUCCAGUGAACGGUCCGGAACUCCGUCGUCUCAAUCUACAUUCCCAUCACCGACUGCAACACGGCACUCUAGCUUGACCGGAAGUGUAGCAGAACUUCGUCGCAAAUAUGACAGUCAGUAUGCGACAUCGAUCAGCUCUGGCGGGUCUGUGCGAAGUGGUAGUAAAAGUCCCGAGGUGCCAGGACGUAGCAUCAAGAGACUGAGCAAAGUGAGGAAUGACCUGGACGAGCGUGACGAGCUGGAUGCAGAAGCGAAGAGUCAGAUUGAAGUCACUCACGAUGGAAGUCAACGCUCAUCCUCAGUGUCCUCCCGCUCAUCGCGACCUUCACGACGGCACGCCGAGAAGCAGAGCAGCCAAGAAGAUGCUAUGCGUCAGCAUCUGGCAUCAUCCCAGCACAUUCAGCACCACAUGAUCGAUCCCGUCUAUGGACAACAUCGGUCACACUCUGCCUCAUCACAUGGCUCGGCAGGAUCUGCUCGCGCGUAUGCGCAGGUGCAGGCGCAGGCGCAGGCCCAUUACAUGGCGAUGCAGCAGUACCAGUAUCCUUCGCCACAGGCAUAUGCGGUUCCACCCCAGGCAAUGAACGGCCAUGUCGCGCAAGUGCCCGAGAGAAUACCGGCUCCUGAUGCCCCUGAUCUUAGUCAACGGACAAUCACUGGGUAUGAGCAAUUGGCAACCGAGCUCGCGAGCGAGGGAUCUGGAGUGGUGCCCAUCUAUCGCAAGUUCGAAUACCUCAACCAUCGGAUCUUGCUGCAUCUUCAGGACGAGCUCUCGGAGAUGGAAGAACACCUGCGGCGGCUGGACGAGAUCAUCGCCCAGAUGGAGCCUCAACCUUCCACAGUUGAACGAGCACCUGCCUCGAGACGUGGCGACGCCUUCAAUGGCAGCCAGAUCCACCAUCAACGGACCGAGCUCCUUGGUCGCAUCUUCCUCAAGACCGAACAAUACAAUCGUGCCAUGUCUUCCUUCGCGACGAUGGCCAAGGACUCCUGCCCAGCCGAGAAGUUGCAAGUAAUAGCCUACCAACACUGGCUGAAAGAGAAAGCCGCCAUCCACGAAAUUGAGACUCGCUUCCUGCAGAGUGAGAAAGAUCUCAUCCAGCCCGGGAAAGCAAAACUGGUACUACCGCCAGCGCAAUCACCGGAGCCUUUGUACCGGCCCACUAAGCAUGCCGCACUCACAUGUCUCCCGGUGGCAUUGAUGCUACCCCUUCUCCUGUUCGCUCUGAUCCCAACAUUGACCGGUCGCUUGGUAGUGACGACCCUGAUCGCCUGCGGUACUUUCAUGGUCGCCGCCACGACGAGAAUACGACAUCUCAUGCCUGCGCGGGAAUGGGCCGUCUGUGGUGCGGCGUAUGUGCUGCUGAUGGCAGCGAUUGCAGGGUGCAUACCGCAGCAUGGUAUGCCAGUGGGACCUGGUAGUGGUGGUGUGCAGGUGACGUAUUGGAGAUGA